AUGUGUCCAAUGCUCCUCAGCAGACUCUCCGAUGGUCCUGCCCUGGUCCUCUCCCAUCCCCAGGAACAUGCCUUCGUUCAAUUUCCUUCCUAUCAGCCUAGGCUUGACACUGCCUCGGGGGGUGUCCACGGCAAUCACAGCUCUUUCGCCAAUGGCUUUUCCUCCUCUCUUGCUUCCUCAUCCUGGAGACAAGCAUCGCCGUCAUUCCCAAUUGGCGCAAAUCCAUCAAAGAAGAGAUCCCGUGCUGAAGCAGGAUUUGACGUAACAGAUGCGCCUGCUUUUCCCGUGCCACCACCCAUGUCCCAUACAAAUGGACAAGCUGUUCAUGGUGAUGAAAUGGUCGUUGAGGACGCUCCUACUGGAUUUGCUGCCUCCGUGAGCCGUCAGGUCAAGAAUACCAAUGCCUCAUCUCCUUGGACUGGCUUGCCUUGCCAGAAGUCCCAGCGCCUUAAUACCCCGGUAUUGGAUGACAAUUCACCUUCGUCAACUCGCCCUAGACUUCAGCCGGAUUCCACCGAUAACGAACACCUCGCCUCUGGAAACCGUUCAGGUCCUCUUUCGCCUCAGGAGCCUCUCGUCGACGAUGCCACUCGUCUCCUCGGUAUAAGCUGGCAGAGAGUUGAAAGUGGCGGUGACAGAGCGGCUGCCAUGCGAGGCUGGAAGAAGUAUAUCGACAACCAGUUCUCGUCGUACCUCUGGGAUUCUCAGAUAUUGAUGAAGAAUCGAGCCUUGGACACAUAUUUGGUCGCUGCCCAUCCCAUGGUGGCUGGUACAUCUGCGUCGUCACUCUCGUUUUACUUAUUCAGUGAAGAUCUCUCGCAGGCCCGGCUAGUCGGCUCCACCUGGGGGGACAGUUUGAAGAACCUCACGUCAGUUCCCAUCGUCUUUGAAGGGACAGAAGUCCUAAGGGCCGCGGGCAAGUCCUCCGACCAUGAAAGCAAGAAUGCAAGCGUCCUCUACUCGAAUCCAAUGGACAAUACACUCCCGCUGCUGCGGACUCACUCUGUACAGCCUGUCAGCUGUGGCGGGGAUGCUGGAUUGAACGGAGGCAUAGCAAUGGGGAUGGGGAUGGAAAUCGACUCGUAA